UCAUUACGCACGGCCCCUUCCCUGCCGGGCCUUCCCUACGGAGGUGGCUGCGGAGCCCCGGGACGGGCCCGGGAAAACCCGGGAUAAAAACGGGAUAAAAGCGGGAAAAACGGGAUAAACCCGGGAUAACCGGGAGCGCCGGGAGCAGCGGGAUCAGCGCAGCGCCCGCGCCGCCGCAGCCAUGGUGUUCUACUUCACCUCCAACGCCGCUGCCGCCGUCUACACCAUCUACAUGGGCAAGGACAAGUACGAGAACGAGGACCUGAUCAAGUACGGGUGGCCCGAGGACGUGUGGUUCCACGUGGACAAACUCUCCUCAGCCCACGUCUACCUGCGGCUGCACCAGGGCCAGACCAUGGACGACAUCCCCAAGGAGGUGCUGAGCGACUGCGCCCACCUGGUGAAGGCCAACAGCAUCCAAGGCUGCAAGCUGAGCUCGGUGACCGUGGUUUACACGCCCUGGAGCAACCUGCGCAAAACGCCCGACAUGGACGUGGGGCAGAUCGGCUUCCACCGCAGCAAGGACGUGCGCUCGGUGACGGUGGAGCGGCGCGGGGCGGAGCAGCUGCGCCGGCUGGAGCGCACGCGCGUGGAGCGAUUCCCGGACCUGGCGGCCGAGCGGGAGUGCCGGGACCGGGAGGAGCGGGGGCGGCGCCGGAUGGAGCUGCAGGAGCAGCGGCGGGAGCAGAGGGAGGAGCUCCGCAGGAAAAAGGAGAUGGAGGAGCUCCGGAGCUACUCGUCGCUGAUGAAGGCCGAGAACAUGUCCUCCAACCAGGACGGGAACGACUCCGACGAUUUCAUGUGAGGAUCCCUCCGGCCCCGGGAGGAUCCUUCCGGAAUUCCCAGGAAAAUGGAAAUUCCCAGGAAAAUGAAAAUUCCCAGGAAAAUGAAAAUUCCCAGGAAAUUGAAAUUCCCAGGAAAAUGAAAAUUCCCUGGAAAAGGAAAUUCCCAGGAAAAGGAACUCGGGCUCCGGCCCCUCGGGAACCUCGGGAGCGCUCCCGGACUUUGGGCGAAUUCCCGGGAAUGUCGGAGCCAACAAAGGAACAAAGGCUGGGAUCGGC